CUUAUCUUCUUCUUCUCCUCUCUUUCAUUCUCCACCAAUUGCUCCCUCCCUCCCACCAACUUGUUUUUUUUUUUUCUAUCUUCUCAAAGCCCUUUCUGAAAACCUAAACUUGUGCUUAGCUACUCUCGGAAGUGCCAGACAAGCAAACAAACAUCCUUUCUUUAAAAACAUCUUUCUGAUUGAUUUCUUCCGGAGAAACCCCUGUUCUUGUCUCUAAACCUCUGUAAAAGAUGAAGAUACAGUGUGAUGUGUGUGAGAAAGCUCCGGCCACGGUGAUUUGUUGCGCCGACGAAGCUGCUCUUUGCCCUAACUGCGACAUCGAGAUUCACGCCGCUAACAAACUCGCUAGCAAGCAUCAACGCCUUCACCUCAACUCUCUCUCCACCAAAUUCCCUCGUUGCGAUAUCUGCCAAGAGAAGGCAGCUUUCAUUUUCUGUGUAGAGGAUAGAGCUCUGCUUUGCAGGGAUUGCGAUGAAUCCAUCCACGUAGCUAAUUCUCGAUCUGCUAAUCACCAGAGGUUCUUGGCCACUGGUAUCAAAGUAGCUCUCACCUCUACUAGUUGCAAUAAAGAAUUGGAGAAGAAUCACACUGAGCCUUCCAACAACCAACAGAAAGCUAGUCAGAUUCCUGCAAAAACCCCAAGCCAGCAGCAUCAACCUGCUUCUGCUACUCCACUUCCCUGGGCUGUUGACGAUUUCCUCCACUUCUCUGACAUUGAAUCCACUGAUAAGAAAGGACAGCUUGAUCUCGGGGCAGGGGAGUUUGAGUGGUUUUCAGACAUGGGUUUCUUUGGUGAUCAGAUUAAUCAAGAGGCUCUUCCUGCAGCUGAAGUCCCUGAGCUUUCUGUUUCGCAUUUAGGUCAUGUUCAUUCAUACAAACCCAUGAAGUCGAAUGUUCCCUACAAGAAGCCGAGGUUUGACAUCAGAGAUGAUGAUGAUGACGAGGAGCACUUCAUUGUUCCUGAUCUUGGCUAAAGAGCUAUUAUAUGUAAACUAUGUGUAGACAUAUCUUCAAUGUAAAACAAGAAGCUUAUCUGCAUAAGGAUGAUGUAUCAUUGUAUGGAGUUUUUAGUUUUGUCGUAAGUUGUGUAAGAUAUGUUGAAAGAGCUUAUAACAUGUUUCUUUUUCGUUUUUGUCCGAA